GAUUAACGUCCWGUUUGGAAAUACAAGAUGAUCUUGACAACCAGUUGAACUCUAAUCAGAGUUACACAGAACUAUCAGAUGGGAAUACAACAAGUUAUAAUAUGACGGAUUAUAAUAACCAGACAUCUGACAAGAGACCUGAUGAAACUGAAACUAUGUGUACAUACUGGGACAUUGUAGAGUACCUAAACCUGACCAAGAACAAGGACAAGUUGACCAUGAUCAGACCUACCAGACACUAUGAAAGUCCAACUCUACUUUACAUUGAAGUUAAGAUCUACGCUAUUCUAGAUGUGAGAGAAGCAGACCAGUCCUUCAUAUCAUAUAUUUGGAUUUUUAUGGAGUGGAGAAAUCACUAUCUCUUUUGGAAUGAAGAGGACUUUUGUGGAAUUUCCAAAGUCGUGGUUCCAUGUGAAUCUUUGUGGAUGCCUGAUAUCAUAAUUGAAGAAAUGACUGAAAAAGAUAAAAAUUUGCCGAGCCCCUUUCUCAAAGUUCAUAAUUAUGGUGUGAUCGAGUACAGGGAUGAUAAGUUUGUGACCAGCACCUGCAAGAUGAAAAUUUUUAAUUUCCCCUUUGACAUUCAGAGCUGCAACAUCACCUUUAGGUCGAUCCUAUACUCUG